AUGAGGACUGCAUUUCCUCUUCUCCGUCUUCCGUACCUUGUACUUAUGCCUGUCUUGGAACAAAUGGAAAUUACGGAAAAAGUCUCAUUGUCCAUUCUCUCCAAACGAGUCAGAAUCUACGUGAAACUUCUCAAAAUGACGUGUGAGCAUGUCAAUGUAAUACUGAAGAAUGACAGAAUUGAGAUGAAAGUGUUUUUUGAAAACGGGGAAGAAUUGAGAGUGCUACAGUAUAUCGAUGAAACUCAACGAAGCAAUUUCAUAUAUCGACAUGAACAUGAAAUGGUUUUUUCAUGGUGCCCUGGUAGCCGACUUCCAGUAGACUAUGCGGUUUCAAUUAUGGACGUCACUCACUGCAAAUCGAUCAAUCAGUUCAUCAUCGCUGGAAUUUUUGAACACGAUAGUAUCCCAAUUGUCACAAAACUUCCGAAAAUUGAUGAAGUCGUUGUUGAGCACAUUUGGCAUCCUAAAUUUCUGACUUAUGAAGCGUUACGUCAUAAAGAAAGAAUACUUCUCAGAGUUCUGAAAACUGUUUUACCAGUAUCUUCUGCAGUUCAAGUUAAUUAUCCUUUCCAAAUCCUCCAAAACCUUAAUUACCUCCGAGAAAUUCUCAAAGGGAAUUUAGACGCCGUGACUUUGAAAAACUAUUGGGGGUAG